AUGGAGGCGGAGGUCGAUAAACUGGAACUGAUGUUCCAGAAAGCUGACUCUGAUCUGGAUUGCAUUCUAUACAGGCUGGAAUAUGAAAUUAAGAACAAUCAUCCUGAUUCAGCUGGCAAGAAAAAUCCAGUUACACUCUUGAAGGAAUUGUCAGCAAUAAAGUCUCGCUAUCAGACUUUGCAUGCACGCUUUAAACCACUUGCUGAUGAACAGAAAGAGAUGUUAGCUCCAAUCCAUAAAGUUACUAGAAAGAAAAUUGCAUUUGAAUGGGGACCUGAGCAGCAGCAGGCUAUGGCUGAAAUACAGAAAGCAGUCUCACUUUCCUUGCCUCUAGUCCCUUAUGAUCCACAUUUUGAUAUGACUCUCAAGGGAUCUGCUACGUAUGCUUGUGCCGCUGCAGCUUAUGAAAAAAAACCUAGGAAAGCUGCCUGCAGAACAAGCUACUUGGGGAAUGGAGGGAGGCACCCACAAUAUCCAAGAACAAGUAGGACCCAUUGGUCCUACCCUGGAAGCCCCGAAGAGGCUAUGCUGCAGUUUCAGGUUCAAGGGAUGCAGCUAAGCAAAGUGAUUCCUGAACAAACAACUGUAACAUUACCUUUAAAUGCAUAUGCAAGAAUUAUCAAAAGUAUAAUGGAGUGGAUUGUACCUUCAUCCCAUCUUGAAAAAGCAGGAUUACCAGAGAAUAUAACUGUUCAGCUGAGACGGCCUGCUGGUGGUGUACCUGUGUAA